AUGUGCUCUAGAAAAUCAAGAAUUGCAGAUAUUGCUCAUCGAGAAGUAGAAGAGCGCAAGAAGUCUGAAUACCCACUAGACCCAGAUGCAUACGAGAUCCUCCACGAAAUUGGCGUGGGCGCCAGUGCCAAGGUUUACAAAGCCAAAUGCUUGCCAUUGGACUCAACUGUGCUUGCCGUCAAGGCCAUUGAUCUCGAUCGAUCUCGAGCUGAUCUCGACGACAUUCCACGUGAAACCAGGACCAUGUCCCUUCUCUCGCACCCCAAUAUCCUUAGUGCUCUCUGUUCUUUCACCGUUGAUCGCCAUCUUUGGGUUGUCAUGCCCUUCAUGUCCUCUGGUUCGCUCCACUCCAUCAUUUCAUCUUCCUUCCCGGACGGUCUACCGGAGAAAUGCAUUGCAAUAGUCCUGAAAGAAACCCUUAACGCAUUGCGUCAUUUGCACAACCAAGGCGACCUGCACAGAGACAUCAAGGCCGGUAACAUUCUUGUGGACGCAAAUGGGUCCGUCAAGCUCGCUGGUUUCAGCGUCUCCGCUUCAAUUUACGAGUCGGGCACUUCGUCCUUGGUCUUGCCUUCUUCGUCCAUGGUAUUCACUGAUGUGGCCGGGAUGCCAUACUGGAUUGCGCCUGAGGUUAUACAAACUGGAUACAGUUUCAAGGCUGACAUUUGGUCUUUUGGCAUAACGGCUCUGGAAUUAGCUCAUGGACGACCUCCUCUGUCUUCACAGUCUUUGCCCGUCAACAUAAACAAGCGGUUUCCUUUCUGGGAUCAAGCAAGGAACGCGACAGACAAGAAGUUCUCGAAUGCUUUCAAGAAAAUGGUGGCUUCGUGUCUUGAUCAAGAUCCCGAAAAGAGACCCACUGCAGAUAAGCUCUUGAAGCAUUCUUUCUUCAAGAACUGCAGAGGCGCAGGUUUUCUCGUGUGCAACUUGCUGAGUAAAUUGCCUAGCGUCGAAGAACGGUUCCAAGAAAUGAAGGCCAUGUACCGAAUUGGUGAUUACCGAGAAGACGAGGACGAUUCACUGAGUCCAUCCAUCAACGAAAGAAGAAUAAUUGGGUGGAAUUUUAAUAAAAAAGGGUUGGAGCUCGACCCAGUAUUCGCAAAAGAGUCAAGGGACGAUGAGGAUUUCGUCCAAGAAAGGACUGAGGGAAGUGAGCCGGUGGAUGAUUUGAAGGUGCCGGAAAAUAUUGAGAUUGAGGAGGAAGGAAGAAGCGAGAGAGCAGUUAGUGGGACUGAAUUACGCAUCGGUGUUAAUAAAGAAAUACUGAUGAGGGGUUUAACGGGACUGAUGGCAAGUUUGGAGGAUCAGAGACAAAUGUUAGAAAGCAUGAUAGGAAGCAGAAUCAGAGAGGAACAGCUUACGCAUCUACUUAAUGUACUUUCCUCUCGAUUAGAGAGGUUGAAGAUUGAAUUGGAGUUUGAGAAGGAAACAACCUUUGCUUUGGAGAUGGAAAAGGAAUUUCUCGAGAUUCAGAUGUCUGCUACUGCAAAUGAAUCAACCAGUAGUACUUGA